GUCGCACUCGGUUCAAAAUGAGUUUUUUUCAUAUUUCAAAGUUGGCUGCAUUUUUCCUUUUUGAUUCGUUGUUGGGAAGAAAAGACUAAACAACAAAAAUGGGUAAGGGAAACAAUAUGAUUCCAAAUGCUCACUUCCACAAGUGGUGGCAGCGCCAUGUUAAAACCUGGUUCAACCAACCCGCCCGCAAAAUUCGAAGACGCCAAAAUCGUAUUAAGAAAGCAAAGGCUGUCUUCCCCCGUCCCGCAGCUGGCCCUCUUCGCCCAGUUGUCAGAUGUCCAACUAUCCGCUAUCACACUAAGUUGCGUGCUGGUCGUGGAUUUACUUUGGAAGAACUGAAGGGAGCUGGUAUUGCUGCUGGUUUCGCAAAAACUAUUGGUAUUGCAGUCGACCGUAGGCGUAAAAAUAAAUCUAUUGAAUCCCGUCAACGUAAUAUUCAACGUCUAAAGGAAUACAAGAGCAAAUUGAUUCUGUUCCCCAUUAAUGAGAAGAAAAUUCGCAAAGGAGAAUCUUCCGUUGAAGAAUGUAAAUUGGCUACCCAGCUUAAGGGAGAAGUUAUGCCUAUUAAGAAAGAGAAGCCCACUGUUGAAUUCCGUGAGGUUACCAAGGAUGAGAAGAAAUUCAAGGCAUUCGCUACUUUGCGUAAGGCUCGUUCCGAUGCUCGUCUUGUUGGCAUUCGCGCUAAACAAGCACGCGAAAAUGCUGAGAAUGAAGACCCUAGCAAAAAGAAAUAAACACCUUAUACUUUUUAUAAAGACUAGUUUUUAAUAAAAAUGGGUCUUCUGGUUUUCCAAGAACAACAA